AUGGAGUUUCAACUUUUAACCGUGUUUGUUGUUUUAUCAACACUUCAAUUUGAUUUGACUUUAAGUCAAAACUGUAAUGAAGUUCCAACAUUUAAUAUAAGCGAUUGUUGUAAAUUUCCAGACAUUGCAAGUGAAAAAAUGGUACAUAAAAUUAAACAAGAAUUAGCUAAAACACCAAACCAAUCAAAGUAUUUGAAAGCAUGUAGAUUCUAUGAAAAACUUUUCAAAAGAUGUGACAUUGUCAAUAGCGAUAAUCAAAUUGAUAAAGCAGCCGCAAGAAAAUAUUUUGAUGCACAGAUUGCUGAUGAUGAUUGGAAACAAAUAUUUGCUGAUGCUGUUGAUGAAUGUAUCGAUGAUAUUAAUGAUGAAGAUUUCCCAACAAAUUCACGCUGUGAUGUUCGUUUUAUUGCUGCUUAUGAAUGCAUCUCACUUUAUGCUUUUAGAAAUUGUAAGGAUUCCGAUUUUACUGAUUGCAAUCAAUGUAAUACAGCUAAAGAUUUCGCUGAAAAUUGUGAUGGGACUCGAUCUAUGAGUAGAUAUUUGAACAAUCAAAUUUGUGAUUGCUUAUAA